CUCCUGGCGGUCCUGGUGUUCGGGGUGUCCGUGAUGCUGAUCGAGAAGCAGAUCCAGAAACUGGACGAGUGGAGAGCGAAGCUCGAGAGCGUCCUCCUCAAGCCAGAGGUGGCUGAGACUGAGCGGCGUGUCGGUGAGGACCAGCCGCCGCCGGCCAGAGGAGACAACACGGUCAUCAUUUACAACAGAGUGCCCCAGACGGCCAGCACGUCCUUCACCAACAUCGCCUACGACCUCUGCAGGAAAAACCAGUUCCACGUCCUGCACGUCAACAUCUCCCCAAACAACCCUGUCCUCUCUCUGCAGGACCAGGUGAGCGAGCAGGACAAGUAG